AUGAAGGACAACAUUGGCGACAUCGAUCUCGAGCUCUUAGCAGUGUUCGACGAUGUCCCAAUGUUGUCACAAUUAGAGAACAUGAUCUUGGACGCCACUUAUUUUGACAUCGAUUCUCUCUUUGAUCAUAUCUCUAAUGCGACACAUGGGACAAACAGUCAACACGAUGAAGCUAGUAGCUCUCAACAAACUUACAUACGGCCAUCAAACAUCGAGGACAGAACAGGGGAUAAGACGCAGACUCCACAGGAUGAACAUAAUUUUUUACCACCGAAAAUAUUUAAAUGUAUUUAUUGCGACAAACAGUUUUACAACAAAAUAGCAUGCCGCAAACAUCACGUGAAACAUGUGAAGCAACUAUUGCAGUGUCAAUGUUGUGGAAGGCGAUGUUUCAACGUUAGUGAUCUUCGUAGGCAUUACAAAUAUUAUCAUUACUAUGAUCCUCGGGAAGUUAUAAUGGAUUAUCGUUGA